UGCAGCGAAUAAUCAGAAGCGAAAGCCGCAAAUGGCGUCACAAAUUGUUAGAAGAAUUGCGCGCAGCAGCCGAUCAAAGUAUGCCUCUCUCGGAAACCCUAGUCUUCUCGAUCGAAGCUGCUCCCAGUCGGCGGCGUCCAAUUCGAAUCUCAUCCGCGCUACUCUGUUCCCGGGAGACGGCAUCGGUCCCGAAAUCGCCGAAUCAGUCAAACAGGUAUUCAAAGUAGCUGAGGUACCAAUAGAAUGGGAAGAACACUAUGUAGGGAAGGAGGUAGAUCCCAGAACACAGAGCUUUCUUACAUGGGAAAGCCUUGAAUCUGUUAGGCGGAACAAAGUAGGAUUGAAAGGACCCAUGGCCACGCCGAUCGGAAAAGGGCACCGAUCUCUCAACCUCACUCUGAGAAAAGAACUUAAUCUUUAUGCAAAUGUUCGACCUUGUUACAGCCUGCCCGGAUACAAGACGAAAUAUGAUGAUGUAGAUCUCAUUACCAUUCGCGAAAACACAGAAGGCGAAUACAGUGGGCUUGAACAUCAAGUUGUAAGGGGCGUUGUCGAAAGUGUCAAGAUAAUCACACAUCUAGCGAGUCUUAGAGUCGCAGAAUAUGCUUUUCAUUACGCCAAAGCUCACGGACGAGAAAGAGUUACUGCAGUGCACAAAGCAAAUAUCAUGCAGAAAACCGACGGACUUUUCCUUAAGUGUUGCCGAGAGGUUGCGGAGAAAUACCCGGAGAUAAAAUACGAAGAAGAAGUGAUCGACAAUUGUUGCAUGGCGCUUGUGAAGGAUCCAUCCACUUUUGAUGUAUUGGUAAUGCCGAAUCUUUACGGAGACAUAAUCAGUGACCUUUGUGCUGGUUUGAUCGGAGGUCUGGGCUUAACUCCAAGCUGCAAUAUUGGAGAGGGAGGCAUUGCUCUUGCCGAGGCCGUCCAUGGUUCUGCUCCAGACAUUGCUGGAAAGAAUUUGGCAAACCCGACAGCUUUGCUUUUGAGUGGUGUGAGUAUGCUGCACCAUUUGAAUCUCCAUGAGAAGGCUGAUCAAAUCCAUGAUGCCAUACUGAAGACGAUAGCGGAAGGGAAGUUUAGAACGGGGGAUCUUGGUGGUAAAUCAACAACCACAGAUUUCACCAACGCAAUCUGCAAUCAUCUCUGAAUCUGAAAUAGAGAAUGUUACUGACAUUCAGGUACUCAGUUGUUUCUUCACUUCUUGAUUCGGUGAAGAAGAAAGCAAUAAAAGAACCCUAAUCUUUAUCUGUGUUCAAUUUAAUCUUUUGGACCUUUUUGGCCCAUCAGUAUACAAAAUUGGUACAAAUAUAUUGGCCGGCCCAAUAAACGAGAAUAAUUGAAUCACCCAGGCCCGAUAGUAUAGAUUUGUCAAACCGAAAUUAAAAAUUUGGGUUUGAACUAUGAUUUUACGAUCAUAAGUUACAGUAUGUAUGGA